AGCAAAUCUUAAUAUUGAAAUAAUGAGCAAGGAAAUGAUCAAACCAUCAUCUCCAACUCCUCCUCAUCUCAAAAUCUUCAAAUUAUGUCUAAUAGAUCAGUUUUUCCCUUCAUCACUUUACACGCCAUUGCUUCUUUUCUACCCCAUCAACCAAAACAACACAACCACUAAUCUUGAGCAUUUAAAAUCAUCACUAUCCAGUUACCUAUCUCUUUUUUACCCUCUUGCAGGAAGAAUCAACGAUGCUACUUCAAUAGAAUGCAAUGAUGAAGGGGUUAUUUAUGUCCAAGCAAAUGUCCAUUGCCCUAUUAUAGAUAUUUUAGAACACCCACCCGAGGUUCAAGAACUCGAACAGUUUUUUCUUCCUGAAAUUACUACGAGUGAACCUCUUCUUCUAGUUCAAGUCAGCUCGUUCAGUUGCGGUGGUAUAGCAAUUGGGCUCCGUAUGUCACAUAAAAUUGCCGAUGCUGCCACUAUUUGCAUUUUUUUGAAAGGUUGGGCUGCCAUGGCUAGUAGCAGUGAGCUACUAUGUCCCGAUUUGACUACUGCAUCCUCUGUUCUACCACCAUUAUCAGAUCCCAUUAUCUCCGUCCCGCCUCCUGAUGAAAUGCCUUGUUUACCAAGUAAGCCUUUCGUAAAGAGGUUGGUGUUUGAUGGAUCGAAAAUUGCUGCUUUAAAGGCGAAUGCUACUAGUUCGAGUGUGGCGAACCCAACUCGAGUAGAAGCUGUGCUUGCGCUUGUCUGGAAACAUAUAAUCAACACGUCUAAUUUGACGUCAGGAUUUCCGAAAUUUCAUUUAUGUUCGAAUUUUGUCAAUCUUCGUAACAGAGUUGUGGGACCUUCAUCCGAAAAUGCGGUAGGAAACCUUGUUGCACAAUGUUUUGGUAAGAUAGAAAGUGGUAAUAGCAAUGAGUUAGAAUUGAAAAACAUUGUUAGUUCAUUGAGGAAAGGAUUGAAAGAGUUUAACAAGAAUUGGAUAGAAAAAUUUCAAGAAAAUGAUGGCAAAUCUGCAUUUUUUGGGCUAUUGAAAGAGAUCGGUGAGUAUCAAGAAAUAAGUGAAUUAGAUUGGUGCAAUUUCAGCAGUUUAUGUAAAAUGCCAUUAUAUGAUUCGGCGGAUUUUGGAUGGGGAAAGCCAAAAUGGAUCGCAUUUCCUAGAGCAGAUUUGCCGAUGAAUUCUGCUUUGCUGAUGGAUAGUGAAGACAAUGAUGGUAUAGAAGUUUGGCUAAGCUUGAAGAGAGAAAAUAUGGCAUUGAUUCUACAAGAUCAACAAUUGCUCAACUUUGCUAAAGUUAAUCCAACUAUCAUCUAGGAAUUAAUUAUGUUUAUUUUUUGAUUGAAAGGAAUUAAUUAUGUUUAAUCAAAAG